AUGGCAAUCACCAACUCUUAUGAUAUCAAUUUACAGUCCGAAAUGGCGUCGUCACCCAAAAAUAAUAAAUUGUUUGGACGUUUCGAUCCGAUUCAUAUUGGAUUAGCUGUUAUAUCAAUCAUUUUCAUUAUUUUAUCCAUUGUUUUUAUUAUUUUAUUUGCCACAAAACAUGGUGAGUUCUAGAGGAAAAUUGAGAUCUUAUAAGACAAAUUUAGACACUUCUUCAUCGUUUUUGACCACUGGAUUUACAAUGAACUCAAAAUCAGAACUCGAAAAUGAUGUGAGUUUCAGCCCUUGGAAGAAUUGAGAUUCUAAACAUUUUUUUUCCAGUUCAAAUCAAGACUUCAACAAAAAUACACUCUCAAUUCGUUUGGCUUAGAUGUUCAGUAAGUGGUAUUUGAGCGAGAGAUCUCAAACCUCAUUUCCCAAAAUUUUCCAGAAACAAUCAAGUGAAUGCAGUUUACUCGUUACGUGGCUCCGUUUCUGUCGACGAAGCGAAAAACGCGUUAUCGGGAUCGAAAAUGGUGACACAAAUGGAAACCACUUGUAAGCUGCCUAAAGAAUUCGACUAUGCCCUUAAGGCGCUUAAUGUCACACCUUAUCAACAAAAUUCUUUUGUUUUCAGACGGUGAUAAUGCGUACAGUGUUUGCCAUCAAACUCAAACUAUUUCAACAUCUCAGCAACCUGCCACAAAUACGCCCACAACUCCAUCUACUCCAAAACCUCCUUCACAAUGUAGGCUUGAAAAUUUUUGGGGGAAACUUGAACAAUAUAUAUUUUUUAGAUUGCAAUGGAUCUCCACAACGUGAUAUUUUACUUGUCAUUGAUAUGAAUGACUUGCAAAAAACCAACAAAACAUUAAAAAUCUCAAGCUUGGACACAAUCAAGAAUAAGAUCGCCUCAAAUGUCAAUUUCGCCUCGACACAAAUUUUCAUCGGAGCAACCGCUGGAAAUCAAAUCGUUGAUAUCUCCACAAGCUUCGCUGAUACAAAAGACAAAUUCUUGAAUGAUUUCAAUAAUGUUUACAAUGUUCAAAAUACAACAAUUCGUCAAUCAUUGGAUUUUGGAACUUUGAAAACUUAUGCAUUCAACAAGUUUCCCGCUAGAUCUUCAACUCCAGAUGAAGUUAUUUUAUUGACUGAUAAACCAGUUUCAAGUCAAUCUGUUGAUAAAUCGAAUACUGGAAUUUAUUUCACAAUCGCCGGUGUCAAUAAAAAUUAGUAAGUUCUUAUCUAAUCAACUCUCAUCUUAUUUUUUUUUCUAGUGUUAAACAAUAUUCAACUUAUAUUGAUGAAUCAUUGAGUUAUGACUCAUGGACCGAUCUUGCCAAUAAUGAUCCAUUCUCACAACUUGUUUGCUCGUGUAAGUUAUCAAAAAAUUUCAUUUUUAUUUCCAUAUAUUUCAAUUUCCACAUUUCAGUCUUCAAAAAACCAGUCACAACAGCAUCUCAAAGAUAUUUAUUGGAUUAUCUCAACGCUGAUGACACAACCAACUCUCCAAAAUGCGAAGUUUUGGAUAUGAUCUUACUCUUUGAUACAUCAGAAUCGCUCUCAAGAAUUCUUCUCGAAGACUACAAGAAUUUCGCAACAAAGUUCGUGAAACAAUAUAAGACUUCUGAUGAUUUGACAAGAAUUGGGGUUAUGUUUUUCAAGUGAGUCACCGAAAGAACAUAAAUUUUUUUUGAAAGCUACAAUUCUUCAAAUUCAAACUUUUAGCUCGGAGACAUCAGAAAUUUUAAAACUCGUCCAAGGAACAAAUUUGGAUAACGUUCUUCAAGCCAUUCAAAGUGUUCAAUAUACCGCUGGAUUAACUGAUAUCACAAAAGCCUUGAAUGCCGCAUUCGCCGCUUUCCAAGUUGAAUCCCGUGCUGCAAGUGGAAAAGUUCUUGUUGUUCUUUCUGAUGCCAUGUAAGUUUUGAACUCUCGAAUCAAAAUCAAUUUUGAAUUCCAUAUUUUCAGACCAACCGUUGACACGUAUGCAAAUGAAAUCAUUGCUGGCAAACAAUUGAGUGACUUCGGAGUUCAAACUUUGAUUGUUGGAUAUGAAGCAUUUUCUGCUGAUGUUCUUCAACAACUUGAUCAAAUCACCAAACCAGAAUAUAUCUAUCAAUCACUUGAUGAUACCACUUUGAAUGGUGUUACUGCAAAUAUUCUUGCCAAUUAUCCAUGUCCAGCUCCACGUAUGUUUCUGGGAGAAAAAAUCAAAAUCAAAUUAAGUUUUUUCAGAAUGUGUCACUGCUUAUUAUGCCGUUGAAGUUUCUGAAGCAACAAAUGAUGUUGUUGUUGAUAAUUUGAAAUCAGUAAUUCAACUUGUUGAUGCAAGUUCAGCACUUCAAACUGGAACAGAACUCUAUCAACUUAUCACAUACUCCGAAGGUCUCACAAAAUUCACACCAGCCAAUGCUGUUGAUGCAAAAGGUUUCAAGACAUAUCUUCAAACAUUGAUUGAUGAUUCAACAAAAUUGGAUGCACUUCGAGGUGGAAAUACACGACUUGAUACUUCGAUGAAUGAUAUUACUGCACAACUUGCAUUGAUUUCCAAGAAGAAUAACAGAUUCUCUGCGGAUCUUUUAUUCUUUGGAGAAGCAAAUGAUGCUGUUCUUGAUCCAGAUGUCACCACAGAUGAAAAACGCAAUCAAUUGAAAACUGCUGCAUUGAAUCUUCAAAGUCAAACUGGUGGAAGAAUUUAUGUCGUCGAUGUUUCUCGACCAGUCAAUUUAUAUGGAACAGUUCUUUGGGAUAGUGUUACACCAUCCGAUCAUAUUGUUAAUUCAACACAAUAUCUUUCAACCACAAAUUAUUUCACUGAAUGGUCAUCUUUGUCUUGUCAAUUACCUGCUUAUUCGUAUUGUUAUGAUACACAAGUUGAUAUCGCAAUUAUUCUGGAUCUUCAGAAACAAGAUUACGAUUUUAUCAACUAUAUUCAAAACUUUGUCGAAAAAUUCAGUGCUCAAGACGAUGCUCAUAUCUCAAUGUUUGCUUAUGGUGCACAAAAAACAAUGUUGUUAACAGAUCUUGCAGUUCAUAGCUAUGCUGAUCUUCAAAAUUCGAUUGUUACUUAUGAAGAAUGGAGAAAUGGAUCAUUGUUUAUCACAACCACAACAACUCCAGCACCAACAUCCUCAACCGUCAAACCAAAAUUAUUCGAAGAUUUAUAUACCGUGCAAACAACUACAGUAACUCAAUUAUUUGACGCAAUUCGAACACAAUUUGGAUGUUCACAUUAUUCAGAUGAUACUGACAGAGUAUUUGCACCAAAUGUAUUUAUAAUUGCUUCAGAUAAUCUUGCUAGUUAUACUGAUGCAGUUUGGAAUCAAUUCCAAACUGAACUUCACAGUCGAUUUGGAUGUUGGGAUUGUGCUGGAACACCAACAUUCUUGUUCCUUUCACGAACUGAUGCAAAAGCUCCAACUUCACUUGGCUCAACAAUUAAUAUUGCAACAAGUGAUUUGGAUAUUGAUAGAGAUGAUGAUACUUCAACUCAAGCAAAUAUUAAUAAAUUUAAUGGUAUUGUUAAUUCAGUUUGCUCAACAUCCAUGAGAGGUGAGUUAGAAAAAAUUUUUUCAUAUUUUUUUUGAUAAAAAAAAAUAAUUUUCAGCUUGCUCAUCAUACUUCAGCUGUACAUCUGCAUAA